AUGCAGAAUCUCAAGCCUUACAAUCGUUUGCCUAUCUGGCACUACAAUGCGAAUAAACAUGGUUGGAUACCAAGGGAUCCAGCAAUGGUACAUUAUCCGGACGCAUAUCGACAUGGAUCACUUCGUGUUAUUACAUACAAUAUAUGGUUCGAUACAAGAUACCAACCGCAGCGAUUCCGUCAUCUCAAUUUACUUCUACAACACACGAAUGCACAGAUCAUAUGCUUACAAGAAAUGACCCGAUCGGUUUUACAAGGUUUAAUUUCUCAACCAUGGAUACAACGUCGAUAUUUAGUAAGUGAUAUUGAUGGACGAACAUUUGUGACUAGUCCCGAUAGUUAUGGUGUGGUGAUGCUAAUCGACAAACAGUUACCUGUACAACAACUCAUGUCGAUACCUUUUCCAUCUAAAUUAGGAAGACAACUACUGCUUGCUGAGAUACAAAUCGGAUCAGAACUAUUGGCAAUAGGGACUGUUCAUUUAGAAUCGAUGCGACGAAAUGAAGAUACUCGAUCCGAACAAUUACAAAUCUGUCAAGCGAUAUUUGAUAAAUACACCAAGAAACGUUCGCGUGCUACUUGUUUAUUAGUAGGUGAUUUUAACUUCGAUUACCAAUGGCCUGAAAACUUCGACCAAAUGAAUAUUCUUGCAAACUGGACUGAUCUAUGGCCGAGAUUGAAUGGACUUUACGAUCCUGGCUUAACAACACUUCGGGAAGCACGAUUAGAUCGGAUGAUGUUUCGCAGUUCACGUAUUAUUCCUAUUGGAAUCAAAAUUAUCGGAAAUCAACCAAUUGCGCAUAUACCAAAAGAACACAAUCUUGGAACUAACAUAUUGAACGUUUUAUCAUUAGGAUAUGUAGGUCCCUCCGUGGAAAACGUUUUUCUCUCUGAUCAUUUCGGUCUAAUGGCUGAUUUCGAUCUUCGCCACGUCUAA